ACGGUUUCUAGGUAACGAUAAAGCGCAAACUCGCUGAACGAUCUUUUGAUCAUACUGGAUAAUAAAACAUGUCCUGCUCAGUUUUAUUGGACAACAAUGCCAAACCAAAGUCCAUGAGCCGAGCGAAGCAGUGGACGGGUGAGGUAGAGAACCUGUACAGAUUCCAGCAAGCUGGAUACAGAGAUGAGCUGGAGUACAGACAAAUCAAGCAAGCAGAGAUUGACCGUUGGCCAGAGACCGGGUUUGUGAAGAAGCUUCAGCGUCGAGAUAACACAUUCUACUACUACAACAGAAAACGAGAAUGUGAGGACAGAGAGGUCCAUAAAGUGAAAGUAUAUGCAUACUGACAUCUCGACCCACCCAGCACUUAUGCUUUUUUUCUUUUCUUUUUUAUUAAACCAAUUUCUUUGUCUUAAAAACCGUGAGCAGAGAUGUCAAAGUGUCUCAGCGGUCAAUGUAGAAUUUGAUCUGAAUAAAAAAAUGU